AUGGGGGAGUUUAGUUCUAGUGGUAAUGCGAACAUCGGUUUGAGUGUAGUAGAAAUAUCCGUGAAUUCCGCUAAGAGCAAUCCGACUGCGAAUACGUUAUUCUACACCACACCUACGAGCUCUUCGUCUUCAGUGGCGACGGGAUUAGUUGAACAGGCAAAAUUAUACAAUCCAACGAUGCAAGAUGAUCUUUCCGCCUCCGAGAAGAAUCAAGCAUCAAGUGUCUCCGUCAGUGGUGCUAACGCGGAAGAACUAUCUCUUCCGACAUCCACCUCCUCGGUUACCACUUCCGCAAUAGAUAAAAAUGUUGGUACAACGGCAGCCGCUGCAGCAGUAGCAUCCGCAGUUGCGGUUUCGAAGGACUGCGAAAAUUCUGUCAACGAUCUCUCGGACAAGUUGAACGAUCCGGUUUCAAGAAACAAGACAGUACCGACUCUACAACCUCUCUUCCAUCCUGCUGAGCCUAGUACACCAGCUGGAGCUCUCUGGUCGACAGCUAUAGAAGACGGAUAUGCACCAAAUUUUGCUAGUGUCAACGGAGGUAUGGGCUUUCAAAAUUUUUCUUCACCAACUCAACAACAAAUGUUUGGUGGUAAUAACAUGAAUCAGAAUCACGUGAACCAAGGCCGAAGAGCCAUCACAGCUAGCCACAAUUUUCCCCACAAUAUGGCAAGACAACAAUCUUUAUCGAAUCAUCCGUUGUAUAAAGGUUACGGUACCUGGGCCAAUCCUCCACCGGGUCAAAAUUGGUCUCCGGGAAAUUCUUCCGUGUGGAACCGUGGCCGUUAGCGUUCCAAAUCUUCCUCCCUUACAACAGAUGGGAGUAGGUCUCGGAGGGGCGGGUCGUAAACCUAGUCCUACUUUCAAUCAACAGCAGGUCAUUUCACCUGUCAAAUUCCGUAGAAGCACUUCUUAUCCAGGAAAAGGACCCUUUACUCAGCCGCCCACCUUCGAGAUCACCAACAUGGACGAAAACAGAGAGCUACUACCCUAUCAGGAGCGUUGUGGUGUAGUUAGUGCAAAUGGUAGUAGCCCGUUAGAAAAUAUGCGAGGACUAGAACAUUAUUUGAAUGAUAUUAUGAGUCCACAAAGUAACACGACUGAUAUGAAAGGUUUCAUAAACACCACUAUGUUUCCAACGUUACAGCUGCACGGAAAAUCACACUAUUUUCCAAACUUGGAGGAUCAAGCUGGUCCUGUCCUCCUAGAAGAACCUAGUCAUUUAGUAGACAACACUUUAGGAACUCAACCUUUGAGCUCACCUUCAAGGUCUUCGCCUCACUCGCAGGGCUCCGAGGGCGGCGAACGAUUUUCUAGGAAGGUUUUCGUCGGAGGACUUCCCCCGGAUAUUGAUGAAGACGAAAUUACUGUCAGCUUCAGGAGAUUCGGACCCUUGGUUGUGGACUGGCCCCACAAAGCAGAGAGCAAAUCGUAUUUUCCGCCAAAAGGUUACGCUUUUCUGUUAUUUCAGGAUGAAAAUUCUGUACAAAGUUUAAUAGAUGCAUGUAUAACUGACGAAGACAAGUUAUAUUUGUGCGUUUCCUCACCCACAAUCAAAGACAAACCUGUACAAAUUCGACCAUGGAGAUUAUCAGAUGCAGACUUUGUUUUGGACGCAUCCAUGCCCUUAGAUCCUCGAAAAACUGUAUUCGUCGGCGGAGUACCACGACCCCUUAAGGCUGUUGAAUUAGCAAUGAUAAUGGAUAGACUAUAUGGUGGCGUAUGUUACGCUGGAAUAGACACUGAUCCCGAGUUGAAAUAUCCCAAAGGCGCUGGCCGAGUGGCUUUUAGUAAUCAACAAAGUUAUAUAGCAGCAAUCAGUGCUCGUUUUGUACAACUGCAACAUGGCGAUAUCGACAAGAGAGUAGAAGUAAAACCGUACGUUCUUGAUGACCAAAUGUGUGAUGAAUGCCAAGGACAACGAUGUGGUGGAAAAUUUGCGCCUUUCUUCUGUGCAAACGUUACCUGUUUACAGUACUACUGUGAACACUGCUGGGCCACCAUCCACUCAAGACCAGGCAGAGAGUUCCACAAACCGCUGGUGAAGGAGGGGGCUGACAGGCCAAGGGCUGUGCCAUUCCGUUGGUGUUAA